AUGGAUGACAGCCAUCAACUGCUCCUCCACGGCAGUUCCAAUGGCAGCGGGUCCAGCGGUUCAGACUCGUAUAGACCAGCUCGCUGUCGCUGCGGGCACGUAUUGGCCCUUUGUGGCCUAUGCAUCCUAUGCAUCCUUUGCAUCCUCGCCACUGCCACUGUCUUUCGGCAUUCUCUCGCUAAGUACUGUGCAGACCAAGGCAUCACAGCAGCCCAACUCCAACUUUUUCAUGUAGACCUUGGAGCGCUUCGCAAUGAUGAUGUGCUGACUCUGACGCCACACAUCCUGGGACGAGUGCUCCGGCCCAGCCCAGUGGAGGCUCAGAUUAGGAUGUCGCAGCUGAUCCUGGCUGCGACUCUCCACGGUGAGUUGGUGAAGCUUGGUCAGUUGACGCUACCAAAGUUGCAGGUCUUUGUGACUGGACACCCGGUGACCCUACGGGCGAAUCAGGAUCUUUGGCUCAACUUUACCAGUUUGCUGAGCAUCGACAAUACCACGGCCUUUGGCUUAGCAGGGAAACAUGUAGUCCGAGAGCCCCAAACCUCGUGGACGGUGCAGGGGCAACUGUCUGUGGUGUGCAGAGUCUUAGGCUUUGACAUUCAGAUCUCCAACAUCACUUUCCAGAAGACGGUGGCCAUAAAGGGCAUGGCAGGCUUUUCACAGGCGUCCGAACCGAUUACCAUGCAGAAAAUCGUUCGGGCUGAGGGAUUUCGUGAGCAUUUGGACACCCAAGUUCGGAUCAAUUUGGUCAAUCCAUCGCACAUUGGGGUUGCCUUGGAGGGGCCCUUCCAUUUCAACAUUACACAGCGCGGGCACCAUUUUGGCAAGGCCUCCCUGAGCCAGGUAGACUUAAAACCAGGCAAGAUGACCAUGUUGGUGAACUUUGUGCUGGAAGACACCGCCACCAAUCACGACGCACUUUGUGCCUUCAUUUUGGGUUACAUCACGGCAGAGGUGCAGACUCUAUCCAUGAUGGCUUCCCGCAGGUCCAGCUCCAAUCCCCUGCUGGCGAUGGUGUUGGAUGGCUUGCAGCUUCCUUUCCGUUUCGAGCCUCCUGAGGCGAGUUUUAUCCACCACAUCUCUGCAGAUGUGGGGCUGAUUGGCCUACAGGUGACCGCUGAGAUCACCAACCCGUUGCCCCAAGUGAUCGUACUGGGUGCCAUGGACCUGUCGAUUCGCGAGAAGACCACCAAGGGAAUGGACAUCUUCCACUUGAAGGGGAAUGAAACGACAGGCCUGGGUGGUCAGGAAUUGCAGCCUGGCAACUCCAAACUGCACCUAUCACUCAGCACCAUGGAUGCCAACCUGAAGGACUUGUUCCUCAUCGGGCGCUUGAUCAAGGAUGCAGUGGAUGGUUCUGUUGUGGUGGGCGUCUCUGGACCUCUGACCAUUACGAUCCGGCCCAGCUUCACAGUGACUCUUGAUUACAUGGCGAAUGGCGUCACAGCACAACUCUCAUGUUUGGUGCUGUGCGGUUCAGCUCACAUUCUAAACCCAGCCGCUUGGCUUCCCGAGCGGCGCUUGAGCCAAAGUGCUUGGACUGCAGAGCCUUCGCGUCGCCCGAAAAGUUCAGUUGCAGGGCAGCCUGCGAUGCAGUAG